AUGGUGAGUUUUUGCAAAAACAAUCUAGAUGAGGCCAUAGAAUAUCUCAAUGAGCUUGUUGACAAAGCUCACAUUUGGACCAGACCUAGUGCUACUGAGAGUACAAAUAAGUCACGAUUUGCUGGAAAUCCAAAUAACAUCCCAACAACUGAGUCAAAGGAUCUUGAAGAGGAUCAAAGCAAAAGUGGUGCCGAUCUGCCCAAGGAAGCCGAGGAUUAUGACAUACGGGCUUGGCAACCGAAAUUUGAGGAGUUGCUUAAGAAAAGUGAAAAACAGAUUCUUUCAAGUAUGAAAACACCAAGAGUUGAAUUGAAAUCUUUGCCUAAGGGUUUAAAACCUGAUUUCCUUGGUUCAGGUGAUACUUUUCCUAUUAUUAUCUCAUCUGAAUUGUCUGAAUCUCAAGUGAAGGACAAGUACCUUAUUCCUGUGGUGGAUGAAUUGAUGGAUGAGUUACAUGGUACCAAAGUGUUCUCUAAACUCGAUUUAAGCCAUGGAGUUAGAGCAGAUCUUGAGAAGAUCAAGGCCUUGUUAAGUUGGCCACCACCUAAGUACCUUAAGGCCUUGAGAGGCUUUUUAGGUCUCACAAGCUAUUACAGAAGGUUUGUGAAAGGGUAUGGGGCUAUAGCUGCUACACUGACCAGUUUUCUUAAAAGGGACAGCUUUACUUGGGAUGAGGAAGCUCAAACAACCUUUGACAAGCUCAAAACAACAAUGACUGAACCCCCAGUCUUAGCUCUACCCAAUUUUCAAAAGCCCUUUGUCGUUGAAUGUGACACUUCUAGAGAGGCUAUUGGGGAUUUUCUGUCGAGUUCGAACAGUGAUGAAGUUGAAAUAAUAAUGAGUAGAAACUGUCCAGAAGUUGAAGAUGAUAAUAUUGAGGUUGAAAUUGAAGUACAACAAUGUGAUAUGAAUGUAGAAGAUUUUGUGAUUGUGGGAGAUGAAGUGGAUGUCAGAGAUGGAGUGGAUGUCGGAGAUGGAGUGACAGUGGAAGAUUUAGAUCAAGUGGUGGAAGAUUGA